AUGCUAUUCCUCAAAUACAAGCACCUGGCAGAAGCAUUGCACAAUCAUACUGUCAAGCUUGGGCCUACAGUUCUGGCCUAUUUAUUCAAGAAUUUGCAUACUACCACCUUGGAGAAUCCUCUGAAUCUGUUUGCUCCAGGCGCAUUCUGGAUGAUCCAGAUUUGGCUGCACGUGUAUUUCCCAGAACUGAGGUUUUCGGAUAUAGUUCUGCCUGAAGAGCAAGUUCUGGCUCUCCCUCUGAUGUCGACAGAAGUGCCCAAGCGUUUAAUUGAAGAGUACCUAAUGUUCUUCAGGCACUGUGGUAAAAGGUUUGCAGCUCAGUGGCAGGUAGUGAUCAGAAGAACAUAUCCCUGGUUUCAACCUGGAUACCGGCUGUUUGAGAUGGAGCCAGAAGAAGAAACUGCCCAAACAGUGCACAAAGAUGCUAGAUGUGCUGUGAAUAAGAUAAACAAUAGUGCAUACGCUCUUUAUCCAUCUUGGGAGCCCAAUUCCUCUAGCACUGCACUCAAAGUUCUUUUUUAUGGCUGGGAUUCCUGGGUUGUUCAUGCAGGAGAGGAGACUUACAGAUUUAUGGUGCAGACCAUUAAAGAUAUUAACGCACAAAUCAUAGAAGAUCCUUCCUUGACAAAGAGCAUAGGUGGACAAUCUAUCCAGGCUGGAAAGGUGAUUGACCUGGAGCUUCCCUCUAGAGAUGAAGAGGAUGAAAUUCUGGCAGAACAACCACCUGUUGAGGUCACUCCUUCUGCCAGAAGGAAAAGAAAAGAAACUGCUCCUGCUCAGGACAGUGCUACUCAGCCUGAAGCUUCUGCUGAAAGUCCUCCUCCUCCUACUACUAGAUCAAGAAUACUUAGAAAAAGGACUGGAGUUGAAUCUGAUGAGAUAGAAGAGCUUGCAACUGUUCCUACUGAGACUUCCGAAACUGAUGAUGAGCUGCGAAAGGCUUUCGAAGCUAUCGAGCAGGAGAAAGAAAAAGAAAGAGAAGAAGAAGUUACAAAAGGGAAAGAAAAGAAAAAAGAGCUUGAAGAAGAGGUGAGACUUCAUUCUGGCCAUAUGAUUAUUUUGCAUCUGUUCUUCUCCAAACCUCUGACUUCUGUUCAUUUAACAUUCUGCUGCUGCCCCAGAGUUGAAGUGGAAACAGAAUACUCUGCUGCUGUUGUUCCUGUCCCUGAGGUAGCAGAGAACAAGACUGCUGGGGUCCUAGCUAUGGUGACCAAUCCUCUCAAGCCUCCCAUUGUGGCUAUGCCCAUCCAUUCUCUCCCAGGUUCACCCACCACGGCCUCCUUUGCUGAUCCAGAAUUGGCAGAGUUUGAAGCUAUGGACCUGGUUGCCCAGCUGGACAAACUGGAGAAGCUUAGCUCCACUCCUAGCAAGGCAAAAUCCAAGGCAGUGGAUAGAGUGAAGAUAUGGCAAUCCACUGACUGGAUUUGGAUGAAAACCAAGAAGCCGUUGACCAACUAA